AUGUUCAAACGACCGUCAUGUUUACAAGGCCGGCGGCAUGGUGAGGGCAACGGUGAUUGGGCCGCCUUCCCUGUCCGCCAGCUCUUUGUGCUAGCACUAUGCCGCAUCUGCGAACCAAUCGCAUUCAUGUCCAUAUUCCCCUAUGUUUACCAGAUGGUCGAAUCAUUCCAUGUGACGGAUAACGACCGCAAGAUCGCCUUGUAUGCUGGAAUGAUUACAUCGGCCUUCACCUUUGCAGAGUUCUCCGCAGGCAUGUUCUGGGGGCGGAUGAGUGACAAGAUUGGCAGAAAGCCUGUCCUCAUCAUGGGCUUAAUUGGGACUGCCAUCAGUAUGGUCGUUUUUGGGUUCGCUCCCAACUUGCCAACUGCCAUGAUCGCCCGGGCACUGGGAGGCCUUCUGAACGGCAACAUUGGCGUGCUUCAAACUACCGUUGCAGAGAUUGUCACUGUUAAGGAGCACCAACCCCGGGCCUAUUCCAUCAUGCCGUUCGUCUGGUGCCUUGGGUCGAUCAUCGGGCCCGCUAUGGGUGGUGCGUUGGCACAACCAUGCGACAAUUAUCCCGGAUUAUUUCAGCGUGACACCAUCUUCGAUCGCUUUCCGUUUCUGCUGCCCAACCUGGUCUGCGUUGUCGUCUUAGUGUCCGGAAUCGUUGUUGGCCUGUUGUUCCUGGAGGAGACCCAUCCGGAGAAGAAGCACCGCCGCGAUCCCGGCCUGGCGUUGGGCAAUUGGCUCGUUGCGAAAGUCUGGGGUUCUCCCGAACCUAUUCCCGAGCCCACGGACGCCAAAGCGGGAUUGGCCGGAGAGGAGGAGGAGGAGGAGUACUACGACUACGAGGAUGUCCCUCCGCCAGAGUACAGGAGCACGGAAAGUUCGCCUCGUCUGGGCCCGAUGAAGGAAUCGGACAACCUGUCUGCGGAUGACGACAUUGAGGGGCAGAUGAAGGGUGAGCCGUGCGCAACCCCCAAGGCAUUCACCAAACAAGUCAUCUUCAACAUCAUUGCCUAUGGCAUUCUUGCAUACCAUAGUGUUUCCUUCGACCAACUCAUGCCCGUCUUCUUGAGCACUCCCAAGUCCGACGACGAUGUCGUGCUCCCCUUCAAGUUCACUGGUGGCUUGGGACUGGCUACGAGUAAAAUCGGGUUCAUGCUGGCGGUUCAAGGCGUUUAUUCCAUGAUCGCGCAGCUGUGGCUGUUCCCGUUUGUUGUUCGUCACUUUGGAACACUGAGAGUUUUCCGCUUCGUGUUGCUUGUUUGGCCCCCUCUCUACCUCAUGGUCCCUUACCUUAUUCUCCUGCCCGAACAGCUGCAAACCGCCGCGGCCUACGUCGCUUUGAUCAGCAAAAUCACGCUGCACGUCAUCGCAUUCCCUGCUACCGCUAUUCUCCUCGCCAACGCUGCUCCGUCUUCCAGAGUCCUCGGUUCCAUCAACGGCGCGGCCGCCUCGACAGCUAGCUUGAGCCGCGCUUUCGGCCCAACGGUUACUGGCUUGCUUCAUUCCAAGGGUCUCGAAAGUGGAUACUCCGUGCUAGCCUGGUGGGCUUGUGGAAUAGUAUGCAUCCUUGGCGCCAUCGAGAGCUUUUGGAUGGAGGAAUCGGAGCGAGACAAGGACGUGGAGAAGAAGGCCGAAUGCGAUGGCCCAACUUCGAACCGCGACUCGCUGCGGGGUUCCUUCACUGCAGGCAAGGAAGACGGCUCUCCCGAGGAAGUGCGGAGACUGCUUUCUUCGGCGCGCACCAGCAUCGAUGACAUGGACAUUCCCAACGUGGACUCAAUGCAAGCCAACCUGAACGUCACUUCCGAGCCCGAGCCCGACAAGUCCAAGUUCAGCCAAUAG